AUGAAUUCAUUCGUACCAUCACCAGGCUUCGACGCCCGCCGGUUCAAGGGCACAACCCUCAUCCUCCCCUCAGUCUCGAUCGGCAAUGUGCCCCAGCUGACCACAGAUCUCUUACUCUCGACCCUCAAACUCGACCGCGUUGGUUGUAUCGAGGACGAGAACGUCGUCCCCGUCCUUGGACCUGCUGACCGACCCCAUUCCGAAUCUACCUCCGCCACCGCAUCAGGAACAGGAGCAGGAACAGGAGUGGUGCCGGGAGGAUUGUUGUCGUUGGCGGUUGAAGUGUUCCAAUCCAAGGACGGCAAAUGGACACUUAUCCAACAGCGCUCGCCCACCGUCUCCCACCGGUCUCACCACUACGCCGAUAACUUGGUCCGCUUUAUCCAGGACUCGGAGUUUGAUCAGGUUGUCCUCUUGGCUUCGGCUGAUGGGGCCCGCAGGAUCGAUAUCCAGUUGCGGUCGGGGAACCCAGUGAGGUAUAUCCCUUCUCCACAGUUGCCGGGGACGGUUUUGGAGACCCUGAGAGGCUUGGGCUUGGAGGAGCUUGAGAACAUCCCGGCGACGGAUCGAGAAGUGGAGCGGGCGCGUGAGCUGCAUGUUCAGUUGGCUGAUCAGGUUCAGGAGAUCCAACUCGACGAACCUUCUACCACCUUGUCCACUACAACAUCAACACAGAAGACUCUGGAAAAGGUGCCAAGGAUACCGAACGGAGGGUUCGCACGUCGAUUGCACUCGUUGUGCCAAGAGUCCGGAAUUGCGAUCUUGACGGUGGUGGCGUUUGCGAUGGAGGGGGAUAAUGCGCCGGAUGCGAUCUUUUUGGCGAAUGUGUUGAAUGCGAUUUUGAGGGUUCAUAGCCCGACGGAGCAGCAGGUGAGGGAUGGGGAGGGCGAGUGGAAGGUUCCGAAGAGUUGGGAUUCGUUGUAUGGCAACUCGCAUCAUCAGGAUAUGUACCAGUGA